UUAAACGCUAUUUAUAGACUAGGCCUGAAAAAUCGAAAGUAGGAUGAAAAUAGGCUAGAGGGCGCAACGACACACAUCAAGAAAACGAGGCUGACGGUUACAGCAGGCAGGAAAAUGGACGAUUUGCGUAAUCAACCAUUUAUCUUUCGUGCCACUUAUGAAGUGUGAGGGAGUGAUUGGGAAAACAGAUCCACAGCUAGAAAUUUAUUGGUGAUAUCAGAUUGUGUUUUAAAAUUUGCUUUGAUUUUUAUGGCCUUUUGUCUUUCUUUUUCAAAGUGCAUGAACUUUCGGAAUGAUCGGUCAAGAAGUUAGAAUCUAAAUGAUGAAUCGGAAAAUGUGGAGAUAGUUUGUUGUUCUAGGAUAGCCUAGCCUUGUUCAAGGCUCCGCCGAGCGAAACGAAAGUAGAUCUACGGUGCCGAUGGCUUCGGCUGGAACAGAGGGGACGCGCAAGUUCUCCACACGCCUUUUAGCAAAAAAGAAAAGGCGUUUGGUGGAAAAUAAACAGUCACUUGGGGACACUUCUGUUCAAAAUGAACAAUAUACAUGUGAACAAUUUCUCCACUCAAGUUGUCAUAAUCACAAUAAUAAUGGCAUACAUAUACAUGAUACUGAUACGGUCGGGAAAGAGUCUGCUUCAGUUUCGGCGGGUCUGCAACUUAAGUCCAAAGCAUUCUUGGAUUCUCUGCAGCUGAAGCCUGUACAAAAAUCUGAUGCUGAACAGGAUGGAAAAAUAAAGCCGGUUUCUAGUAAAAAUGAAUCUGAUGCCAAACAUGUUGAAAAGAUUUUAAAAAGAAAUGCAAGUUCACAACAUACUCAUAGCAAAAGAAAGAAACAAAAGCUUGGCGCCGGAGUUACGCUUGUUAAACUUAAAGCUAAAUCUGACUCUUCUGAGUCUUCGUGUCCCCAGUCUUCCAGUAGCUAUGGUGCCAAUCCCUCCAGUCUUCAGACUUCUAAAGAGGGAGUUGACAGCUUUUCUGAUCUUAACAAUCAAGCGAAACCUGAUACUGAUGAGCAGCCGAAACCGUCCAAAUUAAGUAAUUGUUCACUUUCACCCAACAAUAAUACGCCUCUCACAAUCACAGCAAAUGUUGGUUCUGGAAAUACUGAACCUGUUAAUGAAGAAGCAGUUGCUCAUACUGGUUCUAAAGGUACAACGUACAAAGUUAUUACAUUCAGAGAUGUAAACAAAACAAUCACUGUAACGUCUGAUGGAGAAGCUACAGAGGAUGUAACAGUAUCAUCAAGCAAGUUUUUUUCUGAAGUUGAUGCCAAUGCAUCAGGCCGUAAAAGACGAUAUGCAAAACUGAUGAAAAAGUUAGUUGAUGCAGAAAAAAGUCUCGACACCAACUUGAAGGCAGUAGUUCCUCUGUCUGAAGAUAAUGAGGACAAAAGUGAAGACUUUUGCGUUGACAAAAUGAAGAACAAAUUGUGCCUUCGAGAAAAAAAGAAGUAUGAAAGACUUAUCAAUUAUCAGCGUGAUCAGUCGAAAGAAGACCAAAAAAGUUUCAUGGAUAUUCUACCUGAGAAAGUGGAGCAGGUGAAAGCAAAUGUUGUUAGGCAACUUGUGUCAAGGUCAGAGGCUGUGAUAGAGAAUAAACGUCCCCGUGGAAGACCGAGGAAGGAUCCUCAGCAGAAAGUUCCAAAGAUUGAGGAAAAAAAAAAUGUCUUGACACAGCGUCAAAGGAAAAGGAAAAAUAAGGGUCAGCUGAAGCAGAAAGACAUUGCAGCUAACCGAGGAUUUCCUGUCAAGUUCCCCAAAAGCUUGUUACAAGAUCCUAAGUUAAAAAGCCUUCGUCAGAGCAGAGUUUAUGAAAAUGAAAGUGGAAAAUUCAGAUUGGGAAUUGUCGGAAAAGAUGGUGAACAAGAAUUUAUGGAAUUGUCUAGUGACACUCUUAAAGGUCUGUAUCCUCAGCGGUCAGCCCAAAAGUCAAAUGUGAUCGGUGAAGAGCAAAGGUGUAAAAAGUCUUCUGCCAGCACACAUCGUGCAGCUUCUGAAACAACACAAAACCUGGAUGGAGAGGAAAGAUCUGAAAAUGUUUCAACUUUGAAUCAAAAUUCUGUGAAGAGAGUGUACAGGACAGAAGAUGGAGAACCAAUUGUUCAACCUGAGAGAAUUACUGGUGCUCAAAGCAUGAAGGAAGAUUCCUGGUUGAAGUCUCGCCCGUUAACUAUCACUCUGCCGUCCAUCUCUGCCCUGGAAAAUGAAUAUGAGUUGGUCAGCCUGUCACCAUCUUCAAAUGCGGAAAAAUCUAGAGCGGGCAAUAUGAAGAUAGACCAGUUCUACAUUCCUCAGUCUACCUUCCUCAAAGAUGGCAAGACAAGCAUGAUCAUAGUGGGUCCGUUCCUGGUUGUGUCAGAGCCCAAACCACACCUUGCACUAGUCUGCUCUGAUAAUCAGCAGAAAGGACCUCCCAUGAUCCUGACCAAGAAAUUGUGUUCCCCUGGAAGUACACCUCCAAGAGAUUUCCGAUUGAAGAAAGAAUCAGCACGAGGGUACGACUCUAAAAUAGUGACAAAACAGCCAGCAGGGGUGAAGGGGGAUCCAGAGACAGCACUGAUAGACCAUGACUACUGCACACCUCCAGAGUUACGGGAUACUGUGAAAAAACACUGCAAAGGCGUGGCUCGACAGUAUGCAAAUGCAAAGUUUAUUGAUGUCAGGCUCGAGAACAUCACUGAGGAAGAGGGUCUGUCAUUGGUGACCAUAAGGGGUCACAAUGUUUUACAACAGGCCAAGAGCCAGGUGAAUGAAAUGCCUGCUCUUAUGCGCAACAAUGAGGAGGGCAUCCCUGUGGUGUAUAACCUGAGCCAAGUAAUGACACCAGCUCUGAAGGGUAUGGAAAUGAGGGCUGAAAGAGAAAGAAUGGUGCAGGAGUCCCGUCAGAGUGGGGAUUAUUCUCAGGUGUUCUACCCGUACAGUGCAAUGGGGGAUGUGGUGAUGGAGGUGCUCAUUCCUCCUGCAGGCAACGAGUUUGUGCCAAGGAACAGAUUGAAGAAAGCUAAAGAGUCGAAAGAAAUGUCUCAACAACACUCUUCAGCUGUUGCUGCAGAAGGUACAAAAAAUACUGGUGGUGAAGUGAGUGCGGGAAAUUUGAAUUUUGUCAACACCAGCAAUGUCAUCGAUUUGGACCUGGAGCGGUCGCCGGAACUGGGGGGCAGCCAGACUGACAAAAUGGGUAAUUAAGCUACUCAGUUGUUCCAUUACAUCUUGCACAU